AGUCAACAUACUCGUUUUCAUUAUUCUUACAAUACCAUCAUUCAUACGUUUUUUACUGUAUUACAACUUUUUCCCCACCCACCAUCACCCCUUAUUUCUUUUUUUUAUUUCAGAUCAUAUAAUUCAUGCUUGCCUUGAAAGGGCGCACGAAUUCAUGUCAAUAUAGGCCUGUCCCAAAAAGGUGCCUUCUUGUUGUCUCCACAUGCCUGCCUGAAACUGUGAAACACUGGUGCAUGUUACAAAACUUUGCAUGCCUGCCUGAAACACUCGACGUGCAUGUUACAAACUUCACAUGCCUGCCAGAAACACCGGGGCAUGUUACAAACUUACCAUGCCUGCCUGAAACACUGGUGCAUGUUACAAAUUUCACAUGCCUGCCUGAAACACUGGUGCAUGUUACAAACUCACCAUGCCUGCCUGAAACACUGGUGCAUGUUACAAA